UCGGAAUCUUGGAACUCCCCGCCCUUCCGACUUCCCGCCAAUCUUGGAUCAUAAACUCGAGAUCUGUAGAAGACCUACUGAGUGGGUGUGUCUGAUGCCGGUAAGUCUCUCCUCUCUUUCCGGUGACACCGCAUAGCAGCUUCUAGGGGUUCGUCCGCGACUUCGGGUAUCAAGGAGCAUCGGACGCGAUGGAGGUCCUUCCGGAGCGGAGGAUUGCAGCCAAAAUUUCGAAGAAACCGCACAGAAAAUCCAAGCUUGGAUGCCACACUUGCAAGAGACGUAAGAUCAAGUGUGACGAACUGAAGCCAGCAUGUCAAAAUUGCGUGCGUCACCUGGUGACGUGCGACUUCCUGCAAAGUCGCUCGAUGGCGAUAUCAAUGCGCAGCAUGCAAAUCACCUUGCAAACAAGCCUUGACGCCAGAAGCGCAGACGAUCUAGAGACAUCUACGAGACCCGCGCCAGCUAUCGACCAAGCCCUCAACUUUGUCGAUUUGGAGCUGAUCCACAACUUCACUACCGCCGUAUACAUGACACUAUCAACAGAUGACCUCGUCCGCCAGAUGUGGCGAGUCUCGGUAGUCCGCAUGGCGCUUAAAUGCGAAUAUGUCAUGCGAACUUUGCUCUCCAUAUCGGCUCUACAUCUAGCCCACCAGCGGCCAGAACGAAAGGAGGCUCUCGUGGCUAAGGCCCUGCUUUAUCAUCGAUCAGCCUCAAGGGAAGCAAUGGAGCUGAUGAGCGCUCUUGAUGAACGAAAUGCCGAGAACUUAUUCUUGUUUUCACUUCUUACAAUAUUCUUCGCUCUGGCAUCGGGACGCUAUCUGAAGGAAUCAGUGGUUGUCUGGGAAUCCGCAUUCCCGGACUGGACAUUCCUCCUAUCCGGAGCUUGUUCUCUUAUCAAACUCCUCAAUUCGAAGAACUACGAGGGUCCCUUGACUCCUCUGUUGACAUACGCAAAAGAACGAUUCUUCACUGCACGUGAUGACUCGCGAGCUCGACCAGCUGCCUUGGAAAGUCUGCGAAAGCGCGUCAACGGCAGCAACAUUGACAAAGAGUUGCUGCGCAUCCAUAGUCUGGCUAUUGACGAAUUAGGUCACCCUCUUUCUCUUGCUCUGCAUAGUGGAGGUCGUGGUAUGGACAUCAUGGAUAUGUUCAUCUGGAAAUACUUCGUGUCGGAUGAGUUCCUACCUUUGCUUAAAGAGCCGAGGGCGAAUCAGGAGGCCAUUGUUAUUUAUGCCCACUUUUGUGUUGUGCUGAAGAGAUUAGAGAGUCAAUGGUGGCUUCAGGGCUGGUCGAUUCAUCUCAUAUCACAGGCGUGGGAGUUGCUAGAUGAGAGCCACAAACCUUGGAUCCAGUGGCCGAUGGAGGAGCUAGGAUGGGUGCCCCCAAGCUAA